UUACCAUUGUAUUUAUUGACAGCAGCCAAAACCAAACAUGUAUUGAUCGAAUUGAAGAAUGGGGAGACCUUAAAUGGGGACUUAGUGAACUGUGACUCGUGGAUGAACUUGACAUUGAAGAAUGUCAUCCAGUCAUCUGCCAACGGAGACGAGUUCUUGAAACUCCCAGAGAUCUACAUCCGUGGUAUCCACAUCAAAUAUUUAAGAUUGCCAGAAGAAAUCAUGGAUCAUGCCAAGGAACAAAACAUUUUGAACAUGGAGCAGAGAAACAGAAAUCAAAAGAGAAGGAACAACGUCGGCAAUGGAGGCAAUAACAACAGAAGAGGAAACUUCGGUCAAGGUAGAGGUGGUUACAACAACCGUCGUUAUAAUCAGCAAGGCAACAAUCAAAGUCCCCGUCAAGGCAUUUAA